UAUGAUACUACAAUCUCAAAAUAUGUUUGGGUGUAAGAAAUAAUUUAGAAAACAUUGGAGGGUACCUCUUGCAAUUAACUAAGAAUGCUUUUGACACUGGAUUCAUGGACACACUAUUCACUCUCUUGCACUGGCCGCUCAGCAACCAGAGCUCCAUACUUGGCUCCAACGAACCUAUCGAAAGACAAGAAACCUUGCACCUGAAUCUGCAAGUUUCACUUGUCAGUAACUGAACUCAAAAAACCCACCAUUCUAACAAGGUAAGAAAGUCGACAAAAACUAUUGUAGUUAUUGGAACUUCUGUUGUGCUUAUUUUUUGAAUCUCUAUCAAGCUCUAGACGUUAUUUCUUUCAAGUUAGCCAUGAACCAUUUGCACAAACUCCAAAUUUUGAAAAGGGUUUCUCCCAAUUUUGUUGGUAGAUGCAGAAACCCAAUAUGGCAAGUGGGCUCUUUGUGCUACAUUGUAGAAAACCCUAGGUUCUAUGGGACAAAAACAACGGUUCAAACUGAGAAUUUGGAUAGAAAUUUGAUAGGUAAUGAUCAAAGCAUUAGCAAAAUCUCUGAUGCAGCUAGAAGGGAAGCCCAGGCUUCAACUGCAUUACUGGAGUAUUUGCACUCCACUAGAAGUUUUCAGUUUUUGGAUGCAGAGCAUAUGAGCAAAUACUCACCUGUUUUUGUUAAAAACCUACUAAAGAAGGUUAAUAUUGAUGCAGAUAUUAGGCGGUCCAUUACCCGUUACUUGCGUUACCACCCGAUUAAUGAAUUUGAGAUUUUCUUUGAGAGUAUGGGUUUAAAACCUCAAGAGUAUAGUUCUCUUCUUCCGCGUGAUCUGAUGUAUUUGAGUGAUGAUGAUUUGCUGCUUGAGAAUUAUCAUGUGAUGUGUAAUUAUGGGAUUGCGAGAAAUAAGAUGGGAAAGAUUUAUAAGGAAGCAACAGAAGUUUUUCGGUAUGAUUAUGGGGUCCUGGCAUUGAAACUCAAAGCUUAUGAGAAGCUGGGGCUUAGCUCUUCUUUUAUAGCCAAGGUGGUAGUCCGUAGCCCUGAUCUUUUGAUUGGAGAUGCGAACAUUGACUUUAUCAAGAUAUUGGAGUUAUUGAGGAAAGGGGGACUUGAGUACCGUAGAAUUGAGAAGCUUUUGUCGGAUAAGAGCACUUACAACUGGAGCCAGUUGCUUUCACUUCUAAACUUAUUUGGCAAGGCAGGUUACAAUGAUGAGCAGUUAAGUGAGCUGAUAAGCCAAAAGCCAUGGAUUCUGCGUGAGGAUUCAGUGGAUAGGGCUCUUUUGCUAAUUGGGUUCCUGCUUAAAUUUGGAUCCACGAUGAACCAGAUAUGUUCCUUGUUUCUGCAGUUUCCCAAGGUACAGGUUGAGAAAUUUGCCUCAAAUUUGAGGCAUUGCUUUCUGUUCUUGAAUGAGAUCAAUAUGGAGGCAUAUGAGAUUGGGAAGCUUUUUCGUUCUCACCCUAUAUUUAUAGGUUCAUUUACGUUGAAGAAAACCAACAGUUUGCUUUCCCGUCUGAAUGCUGGGAAGAAGCGAAUUUGUGAAGUCAUCCAGGAGAAUCCAGAAAUUAUGAAGAAAUGGGUGAAGGGAUCAAAAAUUGAAUGGUUACCAGACUCGGGUGAGGAACUAAGAUCUCAAAUGCUGAAGACUAAGUUCUUCGUAGACUUGGGAUUUGUAGAGAACUCAGAUGAAAUGAAAAGAGCACUUAAGGUUUUCCGGGGCAGAGGAGCAGAGCUUCAAGAGAGAUUUGAUUGUCUUGUGAUAGCUGGUUUGGAUAGAAAUGAUGUUUGUGAAAUGAUAAAAGUAUCCCCUCAAAUUCUUAAUCAGAAAAAGGAAGUUAUUGAAAUGAAGAUUGAUUUUCUCAUAAAUGAUUUGGGUUUUCCCGUAUCAUCUUUGGUCAGAUUCCCUUCCUAUCUCUCUUACACAAUGCAAAGAGCUAAGCUUAGGUUAACAAUGUAUAAUUGGCUCAAAGAGCAGGGAAAAGUUAAUCCUAUGCUUUCCUUCAGCACUAUAGUUGGUUGCACAGAUAAUGUGUUCCUUAGUCAGUAUGUAGUUCGUCAUCCUAGAGGCCCAGAAAUUUGGGAGGAUUUAAAGAAAGAAAUUUGUUCUGCAUAGAAGCUAUCUGCUGCACAUAACUUGUAUUUCCAUGCUUCUGCCUCUGUUAAUUGGCUAGUCUGAAGAUGUUUGAUUCUUUUAUUUCUUACAAGCCGGAAAUUUUUAUUGAUGUUGUUGAAUUCAGACAUCUUAUAUUGAAGAUAAUACACCUUUUUUCUCUCCUGAGUUCUCCUGGAGCACCUUCUACAUAUCCUGCACAAUCUCAAAUUUCCUAUGUACCAGCUGCCAUGGAGAAAGACCCCUUCUACUUUGACCAGUAACCUCUGGGAAUGGCAGAGUUUGGUUUUGUGCUUUUGUUACAUGCAAGACAGUGGAAGCUGCAAAGAAGGCCACAGAUGAGAUGCACAAGGAAUGAACUAUUAUUGUGAAGCGUUCCUAUACCCCCAAGAGCAAAUCUAGACAAAUGCCGUUAUCUGCACCAACUGCAGCAGCAGGAUGGAUGCAGCAGUUCAAGCAUCUGCUGACAGCGUUAGUGCACUUAUCCUCAGAAAUUUGCAUCACAUCCUGAUCUUUCUAAUCCAAGCCCUCCAGUAGAGUUGCAAUGAAGAGAACUCGUGCUUCCCCAGUGCAGUGGUUAAUGUCAUCAAGUAGAGUUGUGAGGAUUUGAUGACAUAGUAAGUCCUGGGAACCUUAGAAUGGCUAAGAAACCGAAAUUUCGAUACUUGAUGUAUUCUUUUUUCCUUUCCAUUUUACCCUCUCAAUGCAUUAUAAUUAUUAACCGGGUAAUUUUAGGCAACAGCAUGAAUUUCCCCAUUGCAAUGUAUCUUUAUACUUUCUAAUUGGGACCUGUUUUUUUCUGUACAAUAUUAUUGACAGUAAAAUAUAUAUUAUUCUCAA